AAUGGCGGUUGAUUUGAUAAACAUUACAACGGUUUAGUAAAAAUAUCUCACGAUUUAUAGAUCCAAAUAACAGAAUGGCAACAGGAGACGUGAAGAAYAAUCUACGAAAGCUAAUGAAGGAGUUAAAACAGCUGAAUUACCCGAUUGGAGAAWUAAACUUGAAAGGUCUAAGYUUGGGAACUCCAGCUUCGUUCUUGCCUAUUUUACACYAUGUCUUCCUUGACUUCUCCGUCAAUUUAACAGAAUUCUUUGCCAAGGAMUACGAGYUAUAUGGAAAGACUGAUCUUAGAUUCAUGGAAACAGUUUACAAAAUAUUGCGAGACGUUUUUCAGUACAAACCUCCACUUACWAGGGAACAAUUCCUCACGAUAGGUUUCGCUGAACGUAAAAUUAUCCAGGUCUGCGASAUCYUGCAGAAAUGCAGAGAGAAAUACAAGCAWCUKAACMCAAAAAMCACAAAGUUAGAUAAAAAACAGGCGAGUAAAGUAAAAUCUAUGUUUCCUGGAGUUGAAAAGCAARAUAAUGUUGCUAAGCAAAAAGUCUUGCAAGAAAUCCAAAGUUGYCCWGCGUCAUCUARUWAUGGUGGUCGUACCAUAGCUCKKCARCAAAAAASUGAAUCUAAWGARCCUCCUGAAAAGAACAAUUCUAAAMAUWCAGGAAAAUCGAUUCUCAAGGUUAGAAAAGAUGAAGAAAAAGAAAACAAAAAUGRUUUUGAUUGGUUGAGUGAUGCUAGACAUGAAAACAUGAAUGAAAGAAGAGAUSAAACACUGCAACCAUYAAAUCGGCUSAAAASUGGGAUUAAAAAUGUGAGAUGGGAGGAAGAGCGAAAUGGCAGUGUAACCAUGUCCAAGUCUGGCUUUGGAUCUKUGAAUGCAGGCGUGACUKAMGAUGUAAGUCGUCAGCCAUUAUCURCAACAAUUACAUUACCCCUCCCCCCUAGGAUAAUCCCUGCACCAGUAUCUAUAACAASUGCCCCAGAGCCAAGUCCUGAUCUCAUGUUAACACCAAUGACUAAAUCUGGUCAUCAAGCAAUUCCACUGUCUCAUUCCAAGGACAAACCAKCCAUGAGUACUGUCUCCUCCCCUGGUGGGGGUAAUGAGAUUACAGAUGUAUCAUURAUUGACUUAACAGAAAGUACUUCAGUAGCACAACCCAAAAUAGUCAGACAUACAGUAACAGAGCAACCUCCUUUAAUACCUAGUCAUAUGCCAUCUACAAUAAAAGAGAAUGAGAUAAAAUCACUUCAUGCUCUUGUUGAUGAAAUGCAAGAGAAACUAGAUAUUGUUCUUUCCCAGAACAAUGAAAUGUCUGCUCGUAUUGUKCUMUUAGAAAACAAAGUAAAACUGUUGGAGGAAUCAAGAUGUGCUAAUGGAAAUUCAGGUGGGAAAAUGGACAAAAUUGAAACUUUAUCAAGGUUUUCUCAGAGUGGAGAGCAGCAAUUGAUCAUGGAUGAUUCCUGUCCUCARAGRAGGGUACAAWGUGCRAACCAAAACAGCCUUGCCAAGAGAGUGAAAAGAYAUGAUCCUCAGCCAUCUACAUCAUCAAGAAGACUCUUACUUGAUGAAUUCAAUGAAAGCCAACCCACAUAUAUAGGUGAAUCUAGCCAGGUCUAUAGUCAGACUGAAGAAACACCAAACAACAAAGAGAAAAGUCCAACUCUCAUUGAAAUCUCUGAUGAUGACAUUGAAGGUAUCCACACUAAUGAAAGUAAAACAUCGCCUAGAAAUUCACCUUUACAACAGCUUAGUGGCCAAGGAUUGGAGGUCAUUAGUCCAUUACAGACAACAUCAGAUAUUCACUUGAAAUUCUCUGACCCAACAACAACAGCCACAAUUCURAAUGUUGAAAGAAGAUUAAAAGAAACUAGAGCCAUGCUUGCAAAUGCAACUAGAUUCCCACAACCUAAUGCUUUCUAAACAACAUACAUAGCUGAAAACAAGCYAAGGGAUUUCAAAACUACAAUACUAUCAGCCUCAAU